GGUAAGAUAAUGUUUUCAAUAUAAGUUUUCUUUUCGGAAUCAUUGUAUUCACUUUUUGAAUUAUUACACUUCUAACAAUUUUCCUUUUACCAUUUGCCCACGAAUUGGUGUGAGCAAACACUUGAUCUAAGUUGAAGUUUGAUUUGACUAACAGUUUACGCUAAACCGAGCUUACAAUGAAGGCUUUCAUCUUUGCCCUUGCUGUUGCCUGCGUUGCGGCUGUACCAUACGGCGAUGUCGAUCUGGCCGAAUCCCAGCGCAUUGUUGAUGGCAUAAUCGAAAACUGGAUCUCAAGAGCCCAGUUACGUUUGUCUCCAUUUGAUCCUAUCGUGAACAAUGAGUACGCGGGCGGCUGGCAUCUUCCGGGAGGAGAAAACAUCCUGAAAGUUCGUGGCUCCGUAGAAGGUGUCAACGCCGCCGGCUUCAGCACCUUCGAAUUGGAUAGCAUCUCCUACAACUUAUUCACUGGUCAACUUCACUUGUCCUUGAGCUUGAAUUCUGUUGCGGCCUCAAUAGACGCUGCUGAAGGAGAAGUCCAAAUUUUCGACCGUAAACUGACCGCAGACGCUUCUGGAGGAAUCGCCGUGUCCAACGUGCGCGUUCGCGCUGGUGCUAUUGUCGCUGUCGGUGUUGACGGAUACACCGUCAGGAACGUCGAACUUGAGCUGUCUAUUGGAGAAAUCAACUCUGAAAUCCAAUUGAACCUGUUCGGGCGUGAGGUCGGAGGACGCAUCAGCGACUUCUUGAACAAGCUCCCCUACAACUUAGAAAAAUACCAAUCCCAGGUCAGCCGGGUUUUGGAGUACGUCUCCGAAUACAUCAUCAACAGACUUCUGUCCAGACCUUCUGAUGCGCAAUAAUACCUGUUUUAUUUAUAAACAUAGCUUACAAUUCGAAAAUAAAAUGUUCUCUUAUUAA